UGAAGCUCAACCCCAGUAAAACCGAGCUUCUGUUCAUCCCAGGAGGACAGCUUCAAAACCCGUGUGAAGUUCGAUCCUGGUUUUUCAUCUCUCUUACUCCGUGCCUCGGCAGCUGUUACAACCGUGUGUGACUCGGCGGCUCACAGCCUCUGGAUUUUACGUCGUUUUCGAGCGCAGACUGAAGGACAGGCGAGACGUGUAGGGGCGGAAUCGUUCUGUGGGUUCAGCGAGCAGAACGUGGACGAGCUGACCAAUCAGAGCAGGCAGUACCCGCACAGUACAGGCUGCAGGCACUAACCAUCUUUCAAGCUGGGGAAUUAAGAAGGACUGAACACUAACUGAAGAGAGAGCACUGAAAGAGUACUGCCAGACUCCACACCAUACGGUGAGUUCCAAUGUAUGAGAAUCCUGAUGAAGUACAGAUUGCCACCUCAAAUGGAAUGUGAGGUAUUCACAAUAGCAGACAUUAAAAUACAUUUUUAAGCCAUUUUAAAAGACAAGAUGGCAAUUAUGUUAUGAUCUGAAAUUGGAAAGAACAAAUUACAAAUAUUAAAAGAAUACAAAUUACAAACAAACAUUAGACACCUGUGUGUGUGUGUGUAAUUUAUAAAUCUCAGCUGCCUCAAAAGUCAUACUGCAUCUUUCAACUUUUUUCCAAUUAUGAAAAAGGAUUGAAGAAUAAUGCUGCACUUGCCUUUGGUACUAUAACAAAAAUAAGAUAAAAAUCAGUACUAUUGUAAUAAUAUAUAGUCCUGUAAGGAAUAACUGCAGUAUUGAUAACCAGGCAGAAUUUGGCUCUGAAGAUCAAAGCAUGCAGACAAACUACUACUCUCUCAUUGGGCUUCUCUCCAGACAAGUGAAAACAUAUUGAGGAUUAAAAAAACAAAACAUACUGUAUAGUUUUCUAAUAAAUAAAGAGAACAGCAAUGGCGGAUAGAAAUUGGUUGGGCAGGUUAUUAACAUUAAGUACAGUAUUCCUUGAAAUCACUUCCCACAACAUACCUUAUGAAAAAGAAUGUACUAGAUAAAACAACCUCUGCCACAAUGUAUGAAAGCAAUGGAGUAAUGCUAUGAAGUCAGCUUGCCAGUGGCUACAUUUUCCUUCAUUUGCACCAGUUUUCCUGCCUAUGGUGGCCAAUGCUAGUUGGAGGCUUCUCUUGGUUUGAGACAAUAUGACAAAACAUAUUAUACACUUGUCAAUAGCUUGCUUAAGCUUCUUAGACCCAAAAUGCUCAUGGCAUGUAAAUAAGACUCACUUUCCUGUACAGGGUACUAGGUAUGAAGGUAUUCAGCAUAUUUUACUGAGGGUUUUUUUUGCAUUACUUUUGCACGUUUUGACAAUGACUGCACAUUUUGCAUAAACGUUUACUGGUCAUUUUAUUUUGACGUAACGCAUGUCCCAUAAUUCACAAUACCAGGAGGUAGACAAAAGGAGAAAAACACUCCAUAACAGUCAUCAACUCCCUCUCAUCAGGUCACCAUGAGUAUGAAUGGCACUAUGGAGAAGGGAGAUCAUCACCAAAUGCUGGACUUGUUUGAGGAGCUCCCAGCCCAUAACCACAGCCAUCACCAUCAGCACACACAUCUUGAUCACAGCAGCUCAAUGGUCUGCACAGCCCCAGCUGGAAUUCCGGUCAGCGGAUCAGGGGUGGUGGUGCCUCCCCCUUAUUCUGCAGCAGAUGUUGGAGGCGGUGAGGCACCGUUAGAGCUAAGAGGGUCUCUGGACUGCUGGGCCUGCUCAGUGUUGGUAACAGCACAGAAUCUGUUGAUAGCCACCAUCAAUGCCUGUCUGGCUGGCUUGGUGCUUGGACUGAUACUCACUCCUGCCAUCAUCAUGGUGGUGUUUGGAUUUCUUUGCCACUCCACAGUGCAGCCACAUGGUUCAUCUCAUUACUGCUCUGAGUUGCUGAAUGACGGUGGCUGUGUGGCCCUGUUAGUUGUAGGCUUUCUACUCAUCACACCACUGCUGGUUCUGGCCCUGGCUGCGUACUGCAGACUGGCCCGCCACCUCCAACUCAGCCUCUGCUUCAUCCCUUACAGCCGCGCCAUCUACAAAAACCUGCCUGCCACACACCACCACGCACUGCCAGCAGACUGCUGUGGACAGCAGGCAGGAAAAGGAGGAGGAACGGGGAAGGUGUGGGUGUAAGGGCAAGGUGGGAGUGUGGGGUAAGGUGUAGAUGUAAGUGGAAAGGUGGGGUUCUUGACCAUGAGUCACCAGUGUGUAGGCAAUUUAGUCGUGUUUUUGCUUUCGCAAUUAAAAAAAAAAUAUAUAGACAUA